CUGAUAUCAGACUGAAGAACACGCAAGGUCUCUCUCUCUCUCUUUCAUAUCAUCAAACUCAGGUUUCUGAUUACGGCUAGGAGAGUAAAUUAAUCUUCGCAAACAGGGCGGAGCUCUGUUCAGGUGUUCUUGAAUCAGGAAUGAGAAAGUUGAGAGUUUUCUUCCAUAUCAGGGCAGACAGAGCAGGAGGGGACAGUCAGAGAGGCUCCAACUUUCAUUUUCUUCUUCACAAUGAAGGUAGAAGGUGUGUGUGAGCUGAUCCAGUGGAUCCAGUGAAUCCAGCAGCAUGGAUCAGUGUGAGGACACACAGGAGGGAGCCCCUCCCUCUAAAAGCACAAUGUGUGGGGAAGAUGGGAGCCAGAGCAAAGCUCAGAGGAACCAACCUGGACCUGAAUAUGAACCCAGCUGUGUGUCCUUCAGGAGUGACAGGUCAAAGGAUUAUGGUAUUAACUUCAAAGACAGUAGUUCAGGAGUGGAACAAGUGGACCAGCAGAGCUCAGAGACUCCCAGUGGUCAGUCUGUCCAUCAGAAUCAAACACAGCUGGACUCCAUAUUUCUGCUGCUGGAGGACAACAUUGUUACUUUUGUGAAGAAGGAGCUGAAGAAGAUCCAGAAGAUUCUGAGUCAGAGGGAGGAUGAUGAGGAACUGGAGGAUGAAGAUGAAGAACAGAGGAGCAACAGAGAGUCACUGAGGAAGAUCACAGAGAACUUCCUGAGGAGAAUGAAGCAGGAGGAGCUGGCUGAUCGACUGCAGAACAAACCUUCUGCUGCAGUUUGUCGACAUCAAGUCCAAUCUAGCUUGAAGAAGAAGUUCCAAUGUGUGUUUGAGGGAAUCACUAAAGAAGGAAACCCAACCCUUCUGAAUGAGAUCUACACAGAGCUCUACAUCACAGAGGGAGGAACGGGAGAGCUGAAUGAAGAACAUGAGGUCAGACAGAUUGAAGCAGCAUCCAGGAAAGCAGACAGAGCAGAAACCAGCAUCAGACAAGAAGAGCUCUUUCAACUCCCAGCUGGAAGACAAGAACCAAUCAGAACCGUGAUGACAAAGGGAGUGGCUGGCAUCGGGAAAACAGUCUUAACACAGAAGUUCACUCUGGACUGGGCUGAAGGCGAAGCCAACCAGAACAUCCACUUCAUAUUUCCAUUCACUUUCAGAGAGCUGAAUGUGCUGAAAGAGGAGAAGUUCAGCUUGGUGGAACUUGUUCAUCACUUCUUCCCUGAAACCAAAGCAGCAGGAAUCUGCAGCUUUGAAGACUUCCAGAUCAUCUUCAUCUUUGAUGGUCUGGAUGAAUGUCGACUUCCUCUGGACUUCCACAAGACUCAGAUCCUAACUGACCCUAGAAAGUCCACCUCAGUGGGUGAUCUGCUGACAAACCUCAUCAGGGGGAACCUGCUUCCCUCUGCUCGCCUCUGGAUAACCACACGACCUGCAGCAGCCAAUCAGAUCCCUGCUGACUGUGUUGACAUGGUGACAGAGAUCAGAGGGUUCAAUGAGCCACAGAAGGAGGAGUACUUCAGGAAGAGAUUCAGAGAUGUAGAUCAGUCCAGAAGGAUCAUCUCCCACAUCAAGAGAUCCCGAAGCCUCCACAUCAUGUGCCACAUCCCAGUCUUCUGCUGGAUCACUGCUACAGUUCUGGAGGAUCUGCUGAAGAGCAUAGAGGGAGGAGAGCUGCCCAAGAGCCUGACUGAGAUGUACAUCCACUUCCUGGUGGUUCAGGCCAAAGUCAAGAAGGUCAAGUAUAAUGGAGGAGCUGAGACAGAUCCUCACUGGAGUCCAGAGAACAGGAAGAUGAUGGAGUCUCUGGGAAAACUGGCUUUUGAGCAGCUGCAGAAAGGAAACCUGAUCUUCUAUGAAUCCGACCUGACAGAGUGUGGCAUCGAUAUCAGAGCAGCCUCAGUGUACUCAGGAGUGUUCACACAGAUCUUUAGAGAGGAGACUGGACUGUACCAGGACAAGGUGUUCUGCUUCAUCCAUCUGAGUGUUCAGGAGUUUCUUGCUGCUCUUCAUGUCCACCUGACCUUCAUCAACUCUGGAGUUAAUCUCAUGGAGGAAAAGCAGAAGAUGUCAGUCCAGUUCUACCAGAGUGCUGUGAACAAAGCUUUACAGAGUCCAAAUGGACACCUGGACUUGUUCCUCCGCUUCCUCCUGGGUCUUUCACUGCAGACCAAUAUGAAUCUCCUACAAGGUCUUCUGACACAGACAGGAAGUAGCUCACAGACCAGUCAGGAAACAGUCCAGUACAUCAAGAAGAAGUUCAGUGAGAAUCUGUCUGCAGAGAAAAGCAUCAACCUGUUCCACUGUCUGAAUGAACUGAAUGAUGGUUCUCUAGUGGAGGAGAUCCAACAGUCCCUGAGUUCAGGACGUCUCUCCACAGAUGAACUGUCUCCUGCUCAGUGGUCAGCUCUGGUCUUCAUCUUACUGUCAUCAGAUGAAGAUCUGGAAGAGUUUGACCUGAAGAAAUACUCUGCUUCAGAGGAGGCUCUUCUGAGGCUGCUGCCAGUGAUCAAAGCCUCCAACAAAGCUAUAAUGGGUGGCUGUAAUCUGUCAGAGAGAAGCUGUGCAGCUCUGUCUUCAGUUCUCAGCUCUCAGUCCUCCAGUCUCAGGGAUCUGGACCUGCGUAACAACAACCUGCAGGAUUCAGGAGUGAAGCUUCUGUCUGCUGGACUGGAGAGUCCACACUGUAAACUGGAGACUCUCAGCCUGUCAGGUUGUCUGAUCACAGAGGAAGGCUGUGCUUCUCUGGCUUCAGCUCUGAAGUCCAACCCCUCCCAUCUGAGAGAGCUGGACCUGAGCUACAAUCAUCCAGGAGAGGCUGGAAUUAAGCUGCUUUCUGCUGCACUGGAGGAUCCAGACUGGAGACUGGACACUCUCAGGACGGAGCCUGCUGGAGUCCAAUGGCUGACUCCAGGUCUGAGAAAGUAUUCCUGUCGCCUCACAAUCGACACAAACACAGUGAACAGAAACCUCAAACUGUCUGACAACAACAGGAAGGUGACCUUUGAGGAGGAGCUUCAGUCAUAUCCUGAUCAUCCAGACAGAUUUGAUCACUGGUAUCAGCUGCUGUGCAGAGAUGGUCUGACUGGUCGCUGUUACUGGGAGGUUGAGUUGACAAAUAGAGUUUCCAUAUCAGUGAGUUACAGAGGAAUCAGAAGAAAAUUAAACACUAAUGAUGGUUUGCUUGGACAGAACAAUCUGUCCUGGGGUCUGUUCUACUCUGAUUAUGAUGGUUUCUAUGCCUGGCACAAUAACAAAAUGACAUCAAUCUGCUCUUCUUCCUCCUCCUCUCUCAGAGUAGCAGUCUAUGUGGACUAUCCUACUGGAACUCUUUCCUUCUUCAGAGUUUCUAAUGACUCACUGAUCCACCUUCACACUUUCAACACCACAUUCACUGAACCUCUUUACCCUGGAUUUGGGUUCUGGCCUGGUUCCUCAAUAGUUCUGUAAUAAGUUCAGUCUUAAUGUUCUGGUUCUGUUAGAGGAAACCAGAUGGUCUGAUGGUUAGUCAUGUUUCUUUUUGUUAUUGUUGUUUUUGAACUCUCACAAAGGAGAAUGAGAUGAUUACACACUAGAUAUAUAAUAUAUCUGUAAAAACUACAGGCAUGAAGCCCAAUGAGGCAAAUUGAAUUUGUGAUAUUGGGCUAUAUAAAUAAAAUUGAAUUGAAUUGAAUUGAAUUGAAUUGAAUAUAGACUAUUCCCCUACCCCUCCGGCUUCUCCUUACCCUCCAAUUGUAGGGGAAUUUGGAGGGGUAGGGGUACCUGAAAUUGUUUUUUAAGGGUAACGCGUGGGUCGAUCCUUAUUGCGCUGUGUCCCCAAGGAGAAACACAUUUCUUCAUGUGGGUGUUUUCUGAAUAGGGCUGUAACGAGUAUCGGGGUGCUCGGGUAUUCGCGAUCUGCUCCCAAAAUUUUGAGUAUGAAUACUCGCGACAUCCAAGAUCGCUGAUUCGCAAUCUUUAUAAAUGUAGUAAAUUGUAGCAAAAUGUGAUCAAAAUAUCAAUUGGUGACAAUGUAUUUUUGCUCUGGAAUGCAGAUUAAUGUCAGAUUUUGAGUUUACAAACUAAAAUUAAGCUGAAAGAGCCGCCGUACUUCCAACGGAAGUAAACACAUCUUCGUGGCGGUGAUGCUUCAGGUUUUAAAAAGUAAAACUAGC